UUUCCCAAGAUCCAAAUAAUUUAAAUUAUAUGAUAAUAAUGAGUUAUGCAAAAAAAGGAAGUUUGAAAAAAUGUUUAUCUAAUAUAGUUAAAUUUAAAUGGCAAACUAAAUUGCAAUUAUUAAAAAAAAUUAUUUUAGGACUUAAAGUAAUACAUGAAUCAGAACUUAUUCAUUGUGAUUUUCAUGAUGGUAAUAUCUUAAUAUCAGAUGAUUAUAAUGAAAUAUAUAUUAUUGAUUUAGGAUUAUGCAAACCUAUACAAAAUUCUGAUGAUAAAAUUGAUGAAGUUUAUGGAGUUUUACCCUACAUGGCGCCUGAAAUAUUAAGAAAAGAACCCUAUAUUCCAGCAAGUGAUAUUUAUAGCUUUUCAAUGAUAAUGUGGGAAUUUACAUCAGGUAUUCCUCCAUUUAAUAAUAAAGCACAUGAUGUUGAACUUAUUUUAAGUAUUUGUGAAGGAGAUCACCCUGAAAUUAUAAAAAAUACUCCAAAAUGUUAUAUAGAUUUGAUGAAAAAGUGCUGGGGUUCAGAUCCUUCCAAAAGACCAAAUAUAGUAAUUAUUGAAAAUACUAUAUCUGAAUGGCUUAGAAGUAUUAAUGAAUAUUAUAUAUAUAAUGGUGAGAUGAACAAAGAUAUGUCGUUCCUAAUAUUGAUAAUCAAUUAAAAAAUGAUAUGUAUGAAUUU